AUGAGCGAUAAUGUCAUUACCGACAGGGGGGUCUUUGGCGAUAAAGCCAACAUGACCCAAGAGGAGGUGGCACAGAUCGCUCAGCUGACAGACGAGGAGAAGGUCGUCGAGAAGAAGCUGCGACAUCGUAUCGACAGUCUGAUCAUGCCCUUGGUUAUCCUGGUGUAUCUGAUGAACUAUAUUGAUCGAAACAACUAUGCCGCGGCCAAACUGCAGGGCCUCGAGGACGACCUCUCGCUCAAUGACCAGCAAUACCAAACAGGCCUGUCAAUCCUGUUCGUCGCCUACAUUCUUAUGCAGGUCCCGUCCAAUCUGUUGCUCAAUUACAUAGGCCGUCCAUCGCUCUACCUCGGCUUUUUCACCGCUGCUUGGGGUUUGGUGUCGGCCUUGACCAGUCAAGUGAAGGGAUAUGGCGGCAUCGUCGCCUGUCGGUUUAUCCUGGGCUUGGUGGAGGCUCCCUUUUUCGCGGGUGUGCUGUUUUACCUGUCCAAGUGGUACACCAAGAAAGAGUUGGCUCUGCGCAUGAGUAUCUUCUACUCCGGCUCGUUGAUCAGCGGUGCUUUCGGCAACCUCAUUGCUGCUGGCAUCCUGAACGGACUGGAUGGCCAUCGAGGCCUUUCGGCCUGGCAGUGGCUGUAUAUCAUCGAGGGGGCCAUCACCAUCGCCAUCGGCUUGACCGUUAUGGUCGUAUUGCCCGACUUCCCCACCACCUGGCGGCUGUUAUCACCGGAAAUGAAGAACGUCGCCAACCGACGACUGGCCAUCGAAGCGGCUGAGGCCGACGUCGACGAGGCCGGAAAGAUGAGCCAGAUUAAAGGCCUGAAAUUGGCGUUUUCUGACAUCAAGACGUACGCUCUUGCGAUCGCCUACAUGUCCAUCACCGGCGCCAGUGGCUUUCAGAACUUCUUUCCAACCUUGACCAAGACCUUGGGCAAAGGUGAAAUUAUUUCUUUAUUGCUGGUCGCCCCGCCAUAUGUCUUCAUGGUCUUCUACAGUCUGGUCCAUUCAUACAUGUCAGAUCGUUUAGGCAACCGGUUCUGGUUUUUCGUCUAUCCAAUCCCCAUCACCAUUGUAGGGUUCAUUAUCUUCAUGGUCACCGAUGGCUUCGGGCCCCGCUACUUCUCCUUCUUCCUUAUGAUUUUUAUCUUCGCUCAGAUGGGAACCGUCUACUCAUGGAUUGCUAAUGCUAUCCCUCGACCGCCGGCGAAACGAGCUGCCGCUUAUGCGUUCAUCAAUUCGGUUGGCAACUCCGCCAGUAUCUGGACCCCUUUCACCUACCGCGAACAAGACAAGCCGCACUACCAGCCCGCGAUGGGCGUUUGCAUCGUGCUGCAGGCCCUGGGUGCUCUCAUGGCUGUGUUCAUGUUCUUCCAUCUUCGCUCUCUGAACAAGAGGCUCGCCCGUCUCGAGGACGAGGAUGCGGUUUUGACGGAUCGGGAACUUGAACGGUUGCAGAGAACGGCGGACGUGGAGGGCAUCGAUAUUGCGGCGGCGCGCCAAUUGCAGAAGGGUUUUCGGUAUAUGAUUUGA